UGGGGACUGGUCUUCUCGAGAUUCUAAUAGGAGAACGAGAGUCUCCUAAGUAAUUGCAGGUUCCUCCAAUAUGAGCACAGGUUUUUCUCCAAAAGCUUCUCUCUUCAUACUGACUCAGUACCACUCGCUAGAAGUGAUGAAGUCUAGUUCCCGGUCCCAUUCAUCGAGGGCCACAAAGAUUUGCAAGUCGUUCAGGUUGUAUGUAAUUUGUUAGAAUUUAGCCCAAAUUCAGAUUAUGAGUGCUUCAUCCAGAAGUUAUUUAAUUCAUCAUCCCGCUCAUACCAGUUUCAACUGUUUGGAGCCCAUGAAAGCUAUUUUCUAACCAUUCCACAGGGCUUUGUAAGUUAACUAUUGGUUUAAUUAUGAUGCUGUCUCUGUUCCUCUGCCCACCAAGGUAAUUACAUGAUGGCAGGAGGUUUAGCCCUUCACCAGAUCCAAAAGUUCACAGCACCACCAAAUAACACCCCACAAGUCGCAGAAAAUAGACCAAGAGAGCAAGCUUCAUUUCCCCCCUCACCACACCAAGUCAAAACCAUAGAAGAAUUCAGGAAAGUCCAAGCCCAAUACAUUAAGCUUGGACUGGACCGAGUUCCCCGUCAUGCUGGAGAUCUCCUUUCUGCCUGUGCUCUCUCUGACUGGGGCAGCAUGGACUAUGCCCACUCGAUCUUCCUCACUCUUGAUGACCCAGGGACAUUCGACUUCAACACCAUGAUCAGAGCUCAUGUUAAGGACAAUGACCCAGAGGCAGCACUCCUUUUGUUCAAGGAGAUGCAAGAAAGAAGUGUCAGGCCUGACAACUUCACCUUCCCUUUUGCGCUCAAGGCUUGUGCUCAGCUCUCAGCCAUUGAAGAAGGGAUGCAAAUCCAUGGGCAUGUGACCAAGCUUGGAUUUGAAUGUGAUGUCUUUAUCCAGAAUAGCCUGAUCAACAUGUAUGGCAAGUGUGGGGAGAUCAAGCUCUGUUGCAGAGUGUUUGGGCAAAUGGGCUCUGAUAGGACUGUGGCUUCUUGGAGUGCUAUUCUUGCAGCUCACACCAGAAUGGGCUUAUGGAAUGAGUGCCUGAAGCUCUUUGCGAUGAUGAUGACAGAAGGUCUGAAGGCCGACGAGAGCUCCAUGGUCAGUGCUCUCUCCUCGUGCGCACAUUUGGGCACAUAUGAUCUUGGUAGAAGCAUCCAUUGUUCUUUGCUCAGAAAUAUUACUGGACUCAAUUUAAUAGUUCAAACUUCAUUGAUCGAUACGUACCUCAAAUGUGGGUCCCUGGAGAAGGGGAUGGCAAUCUUUGAUAGGAUGCCUGAGAAGAACAAAUGGACAUACAGUGCUGUGAUCUCGGGGCUGGCGAUGCAUGGGGAUGGUGAGAAGGCUCUGCAGGUCUUCUCGAACAUGCUCAAGGAAGGCAUAGAACCAGAUGAAGUCGUCUAUGUCGGAGUCCUGAGUGCUUGCAGCCAUGCUGGACUGCUUGAAGAUGGGCUUCAGUGCUUUGAUCGAAUGAAGCUUGAACAUCGGAUCGUGCCUAAUGUGCAGCAUUAUGGUUGCAUGGUGGACCUCAUGAGCCGUGCCGGCGAGCUGAACGAGGCCUAUGAGCUGAUCAGGAGCAUGCCAAUGGGGCCGACCGACGUGGCUUGGCGCUGCCUGCUGAAUGCCUGCAAAGUUCAUGGAAACCUCGAACUUGCAGAAUGUGCCAGUAAAAAUUUAAUGCAGCUAGAUGCUCAUAAUGCAGGAGAUCACAUAAUUUUAUCAAACAUGUACGCUAAAGCACAGAGAUGGGAUGAUGCAGCAAGGAUCAGAGUAGAAAUGGUGGAUAGGGGAGUGUUGCAGGUUCCAGGAUACAGCAGGGUGGAGGUGAAGGGUAGGAUGCAUACCUUUGUUUCACAUGACAAGUCACACCCCCAGAGUGAUGAAGUUUAUGAGAUGCUCUAUCAGAUGGAAUGGCAGCUUAGAUUUGAGGGCUACACCCCUGACACAUCCCAAGUGCACAGCCAGAAACUAGCAAUUGCCUUCGCCCUUGUAAAUACAAGCUACUGGACUCCGAUACGGAUAGUUACAAACCUGAGAAUGAGUAAAGAAUGCCAUACUUACACUGCACUGAUUGCAAAGAUAUUUGAGCGGGAGAUAAUCGUCAGGGAUCACAACAGGUUCCACUGCUUCAGGCAAGGGGCCUGCUCUUGCGGAGGUUACUGGUGACUGGUGAACAUCUCCAUUUCCAUCUGAAGCAAUUGCCUUACCAUCACAGAUCUUUCAAGCUGAAGCAAUUUCCUUAUCAAAUGUGAUUAAUGAAACAAAAAAAGGAAUUUCCAAGCAUCAAGACAUCAAAUCUACUCGUACAUUUAACAUUGUUUCUCAAAGCCUGCAAUUUGUUUA